AUGCGUGGAGGGGACAUCUGGUUUGCGGCGAGCGAGCUGCUGAAGAGCGGCGGCACCGCUGAGUACCGCGAGUAUCAGCUGAAUGAAGACCUUGCUGCCGAAGACGGGCUGGUGUGCGGCGGUACGAUGUUCUUCCUGAUUGACCCUGUUUAUGAGCCGGGCGAGUACCUGGACUUUGCCAAGGAGAUCGAGGACGCAUACACGGGCGGCAGUCCGGUCGCGCUGGCAAGCCUGAUACGCGGCGGCAGCGGAUCGCCUGCUACCAUCGGAGCGAAGAUGUUCAUCCGGCACGACGGCUCUACGGUCGGAUCGUUGGGCAGUCCUGAGCUGGACGAUAGCGCGAUGGAAGAGGCGUUCGAGCUGAUGGUUCACGGCAAGAACAAGUAUGUCGUAACCGGAAGCGGCGCCGAGUAUUUCGUCGAAGCGUACACGACACCACCACAGCUAGUGCUGUGCGGUGGCGGGCAUGUCUCUAAGUCGAUUGCGCCCCUCGCGAAGACACUCGGCUUCCGCGUGUUCGUCACGGACGAUAGACAAGAGUUCGCCAAACGCUGA